UAUAUUUAGAUACAUUUCAUUUACAUCAACUUACUUCUUUGUAUUUCUAAAGCUUUUUUUUUUCUCAGUUUCACAAUUCCAUCGUCGACUAUUUUUAGAGGUUUCUCUAUUUGUAACAAGGUAUAGAGAAACAAAGAAGAAACAAAAAAAUACAAAUGGAAGGGAAAGAGAAAAAACAAGAAGCGAAGAGGACGAUGACGAUGAAGAUCAACAAACUUAAGGAGACACCGCAAGAGAUAAGCCAAGAAGACGUUAAAAGACAAGAAGCUUACAACAUGUCUCCACGUGCACGUGGUGGUGGUGGUGGCCCGAUGGGUAUGGGGAAGUCAUCGAGCGUGAGGCAAAACUGUUUAUGCGCACCAACAACACACCCUGGCUCCUUCAGGUGCCGUUACCACCGUCGUAACUCUGCACUCGGAAUGUCACGUGGCAUAUCUGUCCCGACUAACCUAUCCAUGUUGGGAGGAGGAGGUUCUCCUGAGUCAUAAGGUCGUCGGUCUCAUGAUUAAAAUAAUUUGUAAUGUAUUUCUUUCUCGAUUCAAAACCUCUACAGUGUGUUUGUGUGUAUAUAAAACCUAAGACAAGCUUGUGGUUUUCUUUUCUUUUACGUUCUUGUUUGUAAAGGAUUUACUUUUCUUCAAAAUACGAAAAUGCAUAACAAGUAGAGGUAUAUCUC